AUGGAGUAUUACUCUGCUAUUAAAAGCAGUGAUGUCAUGGAAUAUGCAGGCAAUAUGAAAAACCUGAACUUGAAAAAAAUCAUCCUGAGUGAAGUAACCAUGACCCAGAAAGAACACCAUGUGAAUGGCUUUGGCCAUUAUCUAAAGAAAAUUAUACCCAAUCACACAAUGGACUUCUGGAAUAUGACCAUCAACAUCAUUUUCUUCUCACAAACUACAGCUGGAAUUCUGGGAAAUUUCUCUCUUCUUUACUACUUUCAAGUUCACUAUGGAGAAAGCAAAUCAAAGCCCACAGAUUUGAUUCACAUGCACUUAAUGACAGCCAACACUUUGAUCAUUCUCUCUACAGGAGUGCCGAACACAAUGGCAGCUUUUGGGUUGAAGCACUUUUUAAGCAAUUCUGCAUGUAGAUUAAUUUUGUACAUUCAAAGAGUUGGCAGGAGUGUGUCCAUUGCCACCACCUGCCUCUUGAGUGUCUUCCAAGUCAUCACCAUCAGUCAAAAGGAAUGCUGCUGUAAGGAUCUAAAAGUCAAAGCUUCAAAGUACGUUGGCUGCUCCAUUGCCCUCCUCUGGGUUUUGUACCUGCUGAUAAAUGUCAUUUUCCCUGUGUAUCCACUUACUGAAAGUAAAAAUCUGACAAGAAAACAAGAUUUUGGAUACUGUUCCACUGCAGGGAGGGAUGAAAUUAAUGACUCACUUUAUUCAGCACUGGUGGUGUGCCCUGAAAUCUUCUUUUCUUUGCUCAUGACCUGGUGCAGUGGCUCCAUGGUUGUCAUUCUGUACAGACACAAACAGAGGGUUCAACACAUCUAUAGCACUAGUGGUUCCAGUGGAAUCCGCUUUGAGUCCAAAGUCACCCAGAGCAUCCUGGCCCUGGUGUCUAUCUUCCUGUCUUUUUGUACUCUCUCCUCCAUCUUACAAGGCUGUGUAGCUCUUUUGUAUAAUCACAGUUGGUGGCUGGUGAACAUUAACUGCCUCACUUCUCUGGGUUUUCCCUGUUUUGCACCAUUUGUUCUUAUAAAUCGUUACUCUGUGGGACCUAGACUCAGUUUGGUCUGGAUGAGGAAUAAAACCUCUAAUUCUUAUUUUAAAUUUGACAAUAUAGUUGCACUGGCAUCAAUUACCCUGAAAUGUUCCUGGACUCUCAGUAAGCACAAUUGCAGUUGGCCAAUGCACUCCAGAGAGAGGUCCUCCACCCCUCAUCAGAGGCAAGGAGGAAGUGAUGCUGAAGGCAUGGGCAUAAGGGAUUUGACUCUGCCUCACCUGAGGUGGGUGGUCACAGUGUUACAGAAUGACCAGUUCAGUUACCAACCAGGCCCAAACCUGGGCAAUGGGUUCAUGCACCCUAAAAUCUACCCCAUUUAA